CUGUGCUUCAGCAUGCGCGUGGUGUGUGUGUGUGCGCGAGCGUGUGUGUAUGUGUGCAUGAGUGUGUGAACCAAAGAAGGGAGCUGUUUUCUAGCAUGCAUGCAUGUCUGUGUUUGUGUGUGUGUGUGUGUGUGUACGCCUCUACCUUAUUUUGAAUGCACGCCCGAGAGGGAGAGAGUCAUGUGUGUAGAAUGUGUCAGAGGGGGUGAAAUCAAACGGUCUGCAUGAAAUCUGUGUGACUCAAACACAGUGUUCUCUGUGUCCAGCGAGAGGGAAGGAGAGACAGAACCUAGGAGAAUGAGGCAAGGACAAUCACAUUUAGCCAGCGUCUCAGGAAAUAGAACUAGAAAACCGUCAGGCCCCUGCAACGUUCCCUGCUCUGAAAACGAGACUUUAAAUGCACAAGCUCAGUGCUGACAGCAGAUUGCUUGGAUUGGAACUCCCUCCAUGUUCACACACAAACACACACACGUGCACACAGAGACUUCCCUGUUCCGUUUCUGCUGAGAGCACAGAUUGAAUAACUGAAAAGGUUGUCUUCAGUAGCCCAGUAUGAACUACAGACUCAACGUUCUCCUCACUUUCUGCACUAUAAUGGACGUGGAACUUGUUUGGUGAAAUAUAAACACCAGCACAUUGAAGCAGGAAUUGGAAUAGUGUUUUUGUGAAGGGGAAAGAAGUCUGUGACUGGUCAUUUCAGACUGUACAAGUCAACAGGAGUGCUACACCAGCGGAGGAGACCAUGACUUCACAUGGAAAACUGAGAAAGGAAAAGGGGAGUCUGGCGGAGUAUGAGACUCAAAUCAAAGAGGUGCGUGGUCAGCUCUCAGAGCAGCUAAAAAUCCUAGAUGCGCAGCUGGAGGUCAAGACACAACAGCUGCAGGAUCUGAGCGAGUACCUGCGCAGACGAGGAGAGAUUGAAGCUGAAUAUGCCAGAUCUCUGGAGAAACUGAGUGAGAAGUUCACCGUUAAAACCAAGAGAAAGGAGCAGUUGGACCUGUCGGUGGCUCAAUGCUGGUCUGUUCUUCUGACCCAAACCAGGCAGGAGAGCCGAGAUCACAGCUCACUCAGUGAGCUCUGUGGCAACACACUCACGCAGCGCCUCUCACACUGCAUAGAGGACACACACCGCCUGGCAAAGCGGAGCAAGGAGGUUGGACUCCAGAUGCAGGAUGAGCUAUUGAAAAUCACCACAGAGCUGCAGACGGCUCUGAAAACGUAUCAUCAAUACCACAUCGACUGUCUGGCUGCAGAAGGCAAGCUCAAAGAGGCCACGAGACUAGAAGAGAAGCAGACGGGCAAAUCAGCUGAUCUCGGCCUCAGCCAAUCAGGAGGGCAGAGGCGCAGUUCUGUCAAAAAAAUGGAAAGACUGAUGGAGAAGAGGCAAGGCAAAGUACAGGAAACCCAGCUGAAGUGCACUAAAGCUCGCAACGACUACUUGCUCAACUUGGCAGCAGCUAAUGCCUCCAUGAAUAAGUACUAUCUGCAGGACAUUUGCACACUGAUUGAUUGCACAGAUCUGGGGUACCACCUGUCUGUGACGCGGGUUAUACGCGGAUACCUCUCCAACAAAAACCGUAUCGUCCAGAAUAUGAAGAAUGGCCUUCAGCAGCUGGACACAGCGGUGACUGGACUCAACCAGGGUCAGGAUAGAGACUCUCUGCUGCAGGCCCACAAUACUGCUUUCUGCCUGCCCUUCCGCUUCCAGUACCAGCCCCAUGAAGGAGAUCAGGUGUGUGAGGUGAGCGCUGAAGGCCAGGUGAGAUAUGAGCUCGACACCAGAUUCCAGCAGCUGCAGUCCAGACUGGCAUCUGUUACCCUCGAAACUGAUGAGGUCAGCAAGACCCUUAAAACAACCCACUCAAACCUUCUGGAGAGCGUCUGUGAUGACGACUGCAUCCCCGCUCCAGACGCCUCCAGCACCCCAUCAGUCGAGGGCACGGCGGACGGCACAGGAGCAAAGCCCAGCCUCGCCAAACGCAGAGCCAAUCAGCAGGACACCGAGACUUUCUACUUCACGAAAGUGAAGGAGCAUGUAAGUGGCAGCUCUCUGAUCUCGAAACUCCAAGCCAAGCAUGACCUACUUAAAGAGGCCAUACAGAAAGCUGAGGCCAUCGAUAGUGACCCCUCCAGAAUGCAGCCUGGUAGGGCAGUGCGUGUGCGGAAAGCCAGGCCCUGCUCCCAGUACAACCACAAACUCUUCUCUGGAGACAUGCUCUCCUUCAUUCAGAGCUCAGGGCAACAGAUCCCCCUGGUGGUGGAGAGCUGCAUUCGCUUCAUCAACCUGCACGGUCUGCAUCAUGAAGGCAUUUUUAGGGUUCCUGGAUCACAGACUGAAGUUAAUCAUAUCAGGGAUGCUUUUGAAAGAGGCGAGGACCCGCUCACUGACAGCGAGAGUGACAUUGAUUCAGUGGCGGGGGUCCUGAAGCUCUAUUUCAGAGGACUCGAGAAACCUCUGUUCCCCGAGGAGAGCUUUAGCCAGCUCAUGGAGUGUGUCCAAAUGGAAAACAUGACCGAAAAAGUAGCGCAGAUAAAGUCAGUAGUGUCGUCCUUCCCCAGACCCGUCAUCAUAGUGAUGCGUUAUCUCUUCGCCUUCCUUCAUCACGUCUCUCAGUACAGUGAUGAGAACAUGAUGCAGCCCUAUAAUCUGGCCGUGUGCUUCGGGCCCAGUCUGCUCCGAGGCGUAGAGAUGGGUGGUGACGAGGUGACCCUGGCUCCUCAGAUCAAUGAACUGGUCAAAACCAUGAUCCUCCAUCAUGAGAACAUCUUCCCAGGACCUUCUGAACUUCCAGGCGCCGUCUAUGAGAAGUGCAUGACUUUGGAGCAGGAGUACUGUGAACCCAUCACAGAGGAAGGCGAGGGAGACCCUGAACAUCUUCCCAGUGAAGAUGAGUGGGAGGCUGUGGCCAUGUUUGAUUAUGUUGCACGCUCUGCAGCCGAGCUGUCAUUCAAGCAGGGUGAACACCUCCUACUGCACAGCAAGGCCUCUGCUGAUUGGUGGCGAGGGGAAGUGGGAGGAAUGAAAGGCUUGAUCCCCCAUAAGUACAUCAGUGUGGCAGAAGGGAUGGAGCGUAAGGACCGGGGGAAGAAGGAGGACAGUAGAGGGGGAAGCACAGGAAACCUUGCAGAGGAGCAGCAGCAACACUCUGAACACAGCACUCGUAUGCGAGUGAACAGCGACAGCGCAUCUUUGCCUGGCCGGCAGAGGACCGGCAGUGGAAGCAGCGGCAGCAUUGGUGGAGGCAACAGUGGGAAUAUGAGCCCUGUACGAAAGCUCACCCUGCAGGUGCCUGAGGGGCGGCUCAUCCUUCCUCCUCAGACCAGUGCAGUUGCACGCCAAUUCUCAGGUCAUCAAGAGCGCAGACACACUUUAGACACUCUGAGGCCAGCAGGAGCACCAGACAGACAGACAGUACAUAUCGACAAGGAGGUUAGUCGUCAGAUGAACUCUGUGUUUAAGGAGCUGUUGUCUCGUCAGCCUCCUCAAGAGGCGUUGGGUUCGAGCGCUUCUCCGUCCUCUCCUCCUGCUUCUGUCCCAUCCAUCCCAUCAGUCUCCUCUGCUGCUGCUCGACCUUCAGUGAAGAAGGGGGGCUUCGGCCUGCGCAGCAGAGGCCUCUUCAAACCCCAGGACCAACAGGACUGAAGAAGCGUCAAUCUGAGUGUUGUGGGAACGGCACACUCAUCACAGAUAUGAAUCUAUUUUUCCAGACAUACAAUAUAUUUGUCUCUUUUUGCGCCUUAUUAACUGAUGGAUUUCUGUUGACAGUGACUGAUUUCGGUUUUGUUUCACGUGAGACCAAGUCGUUGACCCUAUUAUCGGUUGUGUUUGUGUUUUAGCUUUGACAGUUAAUCAGAUCCUCAAGUCGAGAUUCUUCCCAUCACAGUGAUGUCCAACGUGUCUGUCGUUUUUUGACUGUAGUGUGUAGACCCUGUUUUUAUAUCUGCCGAUGAUGUACUGGAAGACAAAGUGUCGAGUCCCACAAAAGCUCAGAUGAUUCUGAUCGACAAGUGAAUUGUGGGAAUGAUGUCCAUGACAGACAGAGUCCACAUUAUUGUUUUAGAUCUAGACGUGUCACCCUGAAUGUAGCAAGAGAUUCAUGAAGGCCAACAUCACACUCACUCUGACUUCUACUUCGUUUGUAGUUUUAAAGGGUUAGUUCACCACAUAAUUCUGUCCUCGUGUGCUCACCUACCUCAUUCAUCCUCAGAAAACAAAUGAAGGUUUUACCAGUUAGAUCUCAGAGAUUUCUGACUCUCUAUUGAAAACUUGUUCACCCAAAGAAAUCCAAAAAUAAACCCAUAUAAAUCAGGCAUUUAAUAGCAUGCCUAGGCUUCUGAAGACACACAACCAUUUUAUGAGAAGAACAGACUCAUUUAAGGUGUUUAUUAUACAUAAACAUUGAUCGGUGAACAAUGUAUACAGAAUUCAGAGGU